AUGGGAGAAGGAGGCGAAUUCCCGCCAAAAAGGGAGGUCUCAGAGGAGUCUGCUAUUCCGACGAAGGCGUCGGCGAGGCAACUCGACUUCACUGGUGCCUCCGGCUCCGAUGUGGAGCAUUUACAGUCUAAUAAAGCUCCGGCAGCGACGGCUACGCAGCCUAUUACCGGUCAGGGACAAUCGAUAACAGCGACGGUGGUGACUCCGAUUCCACCGUCACAACCUCACGCCCCAAUCAGGAUUCCGAAGCCGGAAUCUCCGAAAUCUACGCCAAGGCCUGUGGUGGAAGCUAGAGACGGAACCCCUCAGAAGAAGAAACAGUGUAACUGCAAACAUUCACGGUGCUUGAAGCUGUAUUGUGAGUGCUUUGCAUCGGGCGCCUACUGCGAUGGUUGCAACUGUGUAAACUGUUUCAACAACGUUGAAAAUGAACCGGCGAGACGAGAAGCGGUUGAAUCAACUCUGGAACGGAAUCCAAACGCGUUCAGGCCCAAAAUCGCUAGCAGUCCACACGGCGCAAGAGAUAACCGGGAGGAGGUUGGUGGAGUUGUGAUGUUAGGGAAACACCACAAAGGCUGUCACUGCAAGAAAUCGGGAUGCCUUAAGAAGUAUUGUGAGUGCUUUCAGGCAAACGUUCUUUGCUCCGAGAACUGCAAAUGCAUGGAUUGCAAAAACUUUGAAGGAAGUGAAGAGAGACAGAAUCUCUUUCACGGUGAACACUCCCACCACAACGUGGCCCAUCUCCAACACGCAAAUGCUGCCAUAACCGGAGCUAUUGGUUCCUCUGGCUUUGCACCUGCUCCAGCUCCUAAGAGGAAGAAAGCUCAGGAAUUUUUUUUUACUCAAGCAACCAAAGAUUCAUCAACGCAUAAGCUUGGCCAGGCAAACAAUGGAAGAACGACAUCCUCGAAACCUGUUUCUCGUCGUGGAGGCAAUGCGUCUUUAGGCCAAUCCAAAGUUGUGUAUAGGUCUCUGUUAGCAGACAUAAUUCAACCACAGGAUGUGAAAGCACUUUGCUCUGUUCUAGUAACUGAAGCUGGGGAAGCAACCAAGACAUCAACGGAAAAACGGUUGAACGAUGAGACGGAAACUUCUUCUGCGCAAGAUCAAGGACAAGACGGUGGUAAAGGUACAGAGGCUGAGAAAGUUGCAAGUGGAGAUCAAGGUGAUAAGUCCGGUCCAGAGGAUUCAAAUUCAGAUGGCUCUAAAGGAAGGUCACUGUCUCCAGAAACUUUGGCACUGAUGUGUGAUGAACAAGACACUAUGUUAAUGGUUACAGCUUCACCUAAUUGUUCGGUAGACGCGACCUCACAGCUACAAAACGGGCAAGACCAGGCUUAUGCAGAACAGGAGAAAGUAGUAUUAACCAGGUUCCGUGACUGCCUUAACCGAAUAAUCUCAUACGGGGAACUGAAAGAAUCAAAUUGUUCUCUGUCAAGGAUGGAUCUAGACUCACCUGUACAAACCGCUGUGAAAAUCGAGCCAGUGGUUCAACAAGAAGCAGUAGCGAAUGGAGUGUCACAAACCACAAAAGAACAGCCUUCCCAACAACCUCAAGCUUUGUCUGAGAUGAAAGACCAAUGA